CAAAUAAAACAUUUACUAAAAACUUUUUCUUUUUUAUUGAUAGAAACUAAAAACUUUAACCACGGGCAAAACUCAUCCCCCAUCUCCGGUUUGUUAAUCCGACGGCCCGACCUAUUACAACGGUUAAAACUCUAACCCCAAAACCAUUUUCAAUAAAGAACAAAAGUUCAUCGCAGUUGGAAGUGUCUGCAAUUAGCAAAUUUGGAAUCCCAUUUCCUUAAUCUCUCCUUAAUUAAAGUAAAUCUGGAGAUAAACAAGCAUGAUUACUGAGCGUGAGAGAGCAAUGGAGGUCGAUAGGGAAGACGGACGCACGCAGAACCAGUUGAGACCUCUCGCUUGUUCUCGAAACAUCCUCCAUCGUGCUCAUGGCUCUGCCAGUUGGUCUCAAGGAGACACUGAAGUAUUCGCUGCUGUUUAUGGGCGGAAAGCUGGAACUAGAAAGAAUGAGAAUCCUGAGAAAGCUUGGAUUGAAGUUAUUUGGAAGCCUAAAACAGGACAGAUCGGUAAAUUGGAAAAGGAAUAUGAGAUGAUAUUGAAGGGAACUCUGCAGAGCAUUUGUAUUUUGACUGUCAAUCCAAAUAGUACAACAUCGAUUAUAAUUCAGGUUGUCAAUGAUGAUGGUGCUGUUCUCCCGAGUGCCAUAAAUGCAGCAUGUGUGGCCCUUGUAGAUGCAGGAAUUCCUAUGAAGCAUCUUGCAGUUGCAAUCUGUUGUUGUGCUCCCAAGAGUGGAUAUGUUAUAUUGGAUCCCACCAAGCUAGAAGAGCAGAAAAUUAAGGCAUUUGCAUAUUUAGUCUUCCCAAACUCAGUCCAUUCAGUCCUUCCAGAAGGAUCAUUAAUGGAUGAUUAUUUUUACUGCCUAGAACGAGGUUGUGCUGAAAGUGUUAAGUUGUCUGAUUUUCUCAGGAGCUUGAAACAGCACCCAACUGAUUCAUCUAAAGCUGGAUGACUGAAUCAGAUUUUCAGGCUCUGAUUGAGGGAUUCAGUGGUUUGUGGGAUUUCAUGUUAUACUGGAUAUUACUAUAGCCAUUGUUGUACUGAUUUAUGGCCCUCAUUUCUUCAUUCUCUCAUAAUCGCUCUUGACCAAAUUGUAUUAGAAAUUGAUGUAAAGAAAAUAGUUUUCUGCACUGAUUGUUUCUGAAUUCCCACUUUCCUGCGUUCUUGUUAGUGCUGUUGAUUCGUGAAUCAGAUAUUCCUUAGAGGUGAAAUGUAGAUCACAUGGGCCCCCGUAAAAAUUUUUUGUUGUCCUUGUGGGCGAGAAAUCACCUUCCCAAGGCAACUCUGUUGGUUGUCUGAUGUUCAAAAGAUUACAUGGCCCAAGCAUUUGCUUGAAUUUGACAAUUUCAACAUCUCAAUCUUCAACCAGUGAUGCAAGAUUUGAUCGCUUGAACAUUUGUUCUGGUUAAAGGCUGCUGCAGUUCAGUCAACUUAAAUGUUUCUCUCUU